AUGCCCCGUUCCCAACCCCGUCGGCGCCGGGCGGCGUAUUGGUGGUCGGAGGACAUUGCAGUACUCCGCAGUGCCUCCGACCGCGCCAGAAGGGCGUACACGCGCGCCCGGCGACAAGAUGGGGAUGCCACAAGGGCAAAGGAGGACUACCUUGCCGCCAGGGUAGUCCUCAAAAAAACCAUAAAAAAGGCCAAGCGGGAAGCCUGGGAGCAAUUGGUGAGCUCCCUGGAUGAUGAUCCGUGGGGGCGCCCAUACAAGAGGACGAUGGAGAAGAUCCGUCUUUGGACGCCCCCACAAACGGGGACGUUGGACCCCCAGGCCCUUGAUAGGCUCCUGGACGCCCUCUUUCCGAGGGCGGAAGGGGGCCCUCCAGUGAUCCCUUCCCCAGAGAUGGGGGAGGGAGACUGGGACGAGGGCCUGGAGAUCACUACAGAGGAACUCGCCAAGGCCUGGAGAAAGCUCGGUGGUAAGGGCAAAUCCCCUGGCCCCGAUGCGAUUCCGGGCCGCACCUGGGCUCUCGCGUUGGCCGAAGGGGACCUGUCCGCAGCCACCUGCAGGGUGCAGACCUAG